AUGGCGGAUGAUGACAAGAUCAAAGCCAUCCGGGAGCUGAAGUCCCGCUUUGACCACAACAACAGCGCCUUGAAACAGAUGGAGUCGCAGCGCCGGCAGAACGAGGUGACGCUGCGCAGGGCGGCCUUCACCGCGGCCCAGCUCGACGGCCUCCCCUCCGACACGCCCUGCUACCGCGGCGUGGGCAGGGCGUACUUCCUGCAGCCCAAGGAGUCGGUGAUGACCUACCUGGAGACCGGGAUCAAAUCUUGCGACACAGACCUCAAGCGCCUGACCAGCUCCCGUGACGCCCUGGUGAAGAGCCAGGAGGAGCUGCGCAAGGAGAUCACCGAGCUGAUCAGCGUGCGGAGCUGA